UCGGGAUGCUCGGGCAGCGCCGCGGGCCGGGCGGGCGUGAUGGAGCCGCCUGAGGGCUGGGACCCCUAUGGGCGGCCAGCCCGGCGCACGCAGUGGCUGGUCAGCGCCCUCGCCUACCACUACGGGCUGGACCGCGGCGUGGAGAACGAGAUCAUCAUGCUGGCCACCGGCCUGGACCAGUACCUGCAGGAGAUCUUCCACCACCUGGACUGCGCCGGGGCGGGUCGCAUCCCCGGCGAGGACUUCUGCACGCUGUGCCAGGUGCUGGGGCUGGAGGAGGCGGCGGAGCCCGAGGAGUGCGCGGGGCUGUGGGACGGGCUCUCGGCUGAGCUCACCUUCCGCCAGUUCCACGCGCGGCUCUGCGGCCACUUCAGCACCCGUGCGGGGCCGCGGCUGCCGCUGGGCCGAGAAAGCGAGCACAUCGAGACCCAGAUCUGCCUGCGCAGCCCCCGCCGCCGCCGCGCCGACCCCGCUGGCAGCGGAGCCGCGGGCAGCGCUGAGCGGCGGCCGCCGAGGCCCUGCUCCUGAGAGUGCUACGAGGAGAUCGUGGUGCUGGAGCAGGCCAAGGACCGCCUCGCCAAGCUGGAGGAGGAGAACGGCAGCCUGCGGGAGCUGGUGGAGGACAUGCGCGCCGCCCUGCAGAGCAGCGAUGCGCGGUGCCUGGCACUGCAGGUGGGACUGCGGAAGAGCCAUGCCAGCCAAGGAUCCUGCUUCACAGGGAGGAAGAGAGCAUUAACACAGAAGCACUCCCAGUCCAAGUACCUCCAAAGUGUCCUGGAGGAAAUGGAGCUCAUCCAGAGCUCCGGGGAUGGGCAGGUUGAAGAAGCCAUCAGGUUCAGUCAGGAGCUGGAGAAGGAGCUGAAGAGCUCUCAGGAAGCUCUGGUCAGCCUGGAAGAUUGCAACCAUCACCUGAAGAGGGAGCAGGCAGAGAUGAGGAGGAAGGUGGAAGAGGCCAGACAGGCUGUCCUGAACAGUCUUGGCAAAGUGAAGGAGCUGGAAGUGAGAGCUAACGAGGUGCCACAUCUGCAAAUACACAUCCAGCAGCUGGAAUCACAACUGCAGCACUACAGGUAGGUUGGAGUCUGACAAAAAGUGCCUAUAAAAUCACUGGCUUGGGGCACAAGCAAGUUUGAGAAUUUCUGGCUGGGGCUCAUUAGAUGUCUCCAAAACACCUUGUAAAAUCUGGCCAGAGGGAAAUUAGAAGCUGCUCAUGCAUUUUCUUGGUAGGGGUCUUUAGGAGAUGUGGGAGCCUUCCAGGCCAAAGUCAGGGUGCAGAUCUACAGAGAGCUGAAGUUACUCUUCAGACACACAACAGCAGAACUCAGCAUGGUAAUGCUUCAAGAAAGCCUCAAAACAAAUUGCUUACAGUCCUUCAGAAACCAUUUCCAGCACACUUACUUUUUUUGCUGCCUUUCCUGGUCCUUAGGUCCCAUCCCAAGCCAGCUGUAAUCAGAUGGCUGGGUCU